AUGAAUGAAAAUAACUCUUCCUUUCAAAAGCUGCCUGAACUUGAAGCUUCCAAUGAAAGGUUAACUUUAGUUGUUGAAUACCAAGCCAAUAACCGAGAAGAAUUUGUGGAAAGACUAGCUGAAUUAUUGGAAAAAAGCGAAACAAUCCCUCAUCACAAAAAGGUCAUCAAAAUCAAACAAUUCAAAGGCUCACAAAUUAAGAAAACAUUGUCAUGGGAUGUUGAAGGCGAAAACUUAGUCCGCCGCAAAGAAAUAACCAAUCAAGAUGGACAUCUAGAAUCAACAGCUGUACCUGAAAAUGAUGGUGAAGGACUUGAAGCUGGUGUUGAUUUUGCUCCUGGUAUGACUUAUUCUUUAUCACUCAGCAAAGGAAGAUUGUUGUCUGUUACUCGGUUUGAAAAGAUUUUUACUAGAUCUAAACUUGACCUGAACGAAGUUAAAACAAUAAGUUUGAUUUUUUUGAUUGUUUGCCAGCUUUGCGUCUCUGCAAUUUUGUGGUUGAAUGACUACCAAUCAUCUGGGGACCAACUCUGGUAUUUUAUACCUAGUUACAUUGCUGCUGCCACAUCGGUCGAAAUACUUUGUUAUUAUCUGAUUAUACCUAGUGAAGAGGAAAAAGCUACAGGCAAAUCUGAAAGUGCUAAACGUUUAACAACACUGAAAAUUGUUGGAUGGUCUAUUACACUUAUUGGUUUCGUUAUAUUCAUUGGCAUUAGAGAGAAUUUUUUUUCAAAAGUGAUACUAUAUAUUAUACAUCUAGCUCUAUACUUAAUAAGAUUCUUAUAA